UCUGCAGAGACAUUCUGGGACAUUUCUGCGAUAUUUGCAUCUUUUUUCUUCACAUUUUUCACGUUUAUGCGGAUUGUCUUUGGCUCUGGGGACACGUGCGGCUACAGGAGGUGAGACACUCGACUCAGACUGCGGCAGAAUUCAGAAAAAAAUACAAAAUAAGGCGGUCCGAUGGGUUGAGGGUUAGAUUCCGGCAUCAUGAGGCACCACUGGCUGCUGCUUGGAGCCUGUGGGUGGGUCCUGCUCAUUCUCAUGUUUGUCACAAAGUACAUCAACUUCAGAGCAACGGAUGGAUAUGGAGAGAGAGUGGUGUCUCAGAACUGGACCGACUCUGGGACCAGGACUAUCAGAGUCCAGAGACCAGAGACCAAGACCAAGACCAAGACCAGCCCCAGACCUGUAGUACAGGUCUCUAGUGCCCCCUCCAGCACGUCGCAGCAGUGGCAGUCUGUCAUUGACCAGAGGAACCGCCUCCUGAGCUCUGUGUGCAAAGAGCAAGACCUCCGGAAUCUAACCCACAACCCCGUCUCCAAAUUUGUCCUGGAUCGGAUCUUUGUGAGCGACUCCCACAAAAUCCUCUUCUGUCAAACGCCCAAAGUGGGGAACACACAGUGGAAGAAGGUCCUCAUAGUCCUGAACGGAGCGUUCCCGAGUGUGGAGGAGAUCCCAGAAAACAUUGUUCACAACCACGAAAAAAACGGACUGCCUCGACUGUCCUCCUACAGCCCCCUGGAGGUCACACACAGACUGGACAGUUACUUUAAAUUUCUGAUUGUGCGAGAUCCUUUUGAACGCCUCAUCUCUGCAUUUAAGGACAAAUUUGUCUUAAACCCGCGAUUUGAGCCAUGGUACAAACUCGACAUCGCUCCUGCCAUUAUCCGCAAGUACCGCCGUUUCCAUAGUGACCGUGGCCAUCAGGGGCCAGAGGAGGAGCGAGGGACGGGGCUUCGAUUCGACGACUAUGUGCGUUACCUCGGCGACGCAGAGGGCCGCCAUCGGCUGGACCGUCAGUUCGGAGCUCAUAUCAUCCACUGGCUGAGUUACGUGGAGCUGUGUGCUCCAUGUGACAUCACCUAUGAUGUGAUUGGGCACCACGAGACACUGGAGCAGGACGCCGCACACAUCCUCAGAGCCGCAGGCAUCGAAGGGUUAGUCACGUACCCACACAUACCCCCGGGCAUCACCAUGUACAACCGCACCAAAGUCCAGAGUUACUUUAACAGCAUCAGCAAGAGAGACGCACGCAAACUGUACGCGCGUUAUCAAGGAGACUUCAGACUGUUCGGGUACCAGCGGCCCGGGUUUAUACUCGACUGACAUUAAUACUUCACACUGGGGGUGUUCUACAUGCAUCUCUAUUGGUGGAAUGUUCAGCAGAUACCAUGGUGACACAAUGUACACAUUAGCAAACACAGCCAAAAAAGUUAAGUUUAAGAUAGUCUGAAAAAAAAUAGAAAAUGGAUUUAAACAACACAUUUUUAGGAGCCUCUGGUCAAUCCGAGCGUUCACGGUCCUGUUUAGUAGUUUUAUUUUCAACAAAAAGGUGAAAGUGACUAACUGAAAAACUAGCUUGUGACUAAUUUCAUGUGUAAGAGAUUUGUUUAACUGCACAAAUCAUCUCACCUGUUGUAUUUCCAAGCAAGUCAGUUCUUUAUGGUCAGAUUGUGUUAAAAUAAAGCUCAGAUUAAAUCCUAACUUUAUUAACAGAGCUUCAGACAGAGCAGUGCUUUAAGUUAGCUUCACACCCACAGGGAAUGUUGAUGACAUCAGCUGACUAAAUGAUUAAUACUAUUUAUGUAAAACUGGUAACAAUAUAGAUGACCUCCAGAGACCAGACCAUGACCGAACUCAUUCUGGUCAACCCUGGACAACUUUAGUAAAUACAACUAAAGGUAGUCGCUGGGGUAUUUUAAAGGAACAGCAUAUGUUCUCCCUCCUAGAGUUUUAAAAAGGUACUACAAUUCCAACUUAACUUGUGUGUCCAGAUCCUUAACCUGCAGAUGGAGACACAUCCAAGUGUGUCUCAUUCUCAGUACAUGGAUGGCCUCAUGUGAAAGAUUAAAACCUCCAGAAUGCACUCACUGAGUUGCAGAGGCUGCACUAGCACUGAGUCAUGAUUGAUCUGAAUGGUCACUACCUAAACCCCAGCACCUGCAGCCAGAGAGUCAUUUUAGGUUUAAACCUACGGGAUUUCAGCAUUGAAACCUGGCAACCCAAAUGAAAGACCCACGUGAGGCUCAUUCUUCUUUCUAAUUGGAUAAUCGUCUUGAACCAAACACCAAAUUAUAACAUAAAUAAAUUAGACUUCAGUGUUUUUGUAUUUAAGAAUAAAUCAGUAUUAUAAUAAUGAUUACAUACAGCUCCUUUAAAUAUCGAGGAUCAGAUGUAACUUUUAAACUGUAAAAAAACGCCUCUUGAUUCUGUUAGUUCUAUAAUGUUACAUAAACUUUUGUUACAGCACUAAAGGACUCGACCAAGGACGAUUCGACCAAGGACGACUCGACCAAGGACGACUCGACCAGGACUCAACCAGGACUCAACCAGGAUGGUGCGAAAUAGGACUAACUUGGGACAAAAGCUGAUUCAUUCACUCUAGGAUAUUGGAGCACAUCACAUGUUUUGAUUUUGAAAUUUCACUUUAAGUUCACACACUCCAACAGAAAACACUACACUUAAUUUACAUUUUAGACAUUUUUUUUUAUUUUGAACUCUACCCCAUGAGUUUGAGUCACAUUUUAAUAAAACCAGAGCGGAGAUCUACCAUCAUGGUAAAGCUAACAGCUAGCAUGCUAAGAGUGAUUCUCGGACAAUAACUCUCUUUGUAAUUAGAUACAGACAUCACACAGCGGACUUAUUUUGACCUCAACAGCUGCUUAUACAAUAUGUCUGUACUGGAGCAAGACAUGUUUUGUUCAGAUACAUGGAAAAGGUCAGGUGCUGUGGAGGUUUGGGUUCUGAAAACUACCUGUUUAGGAAAAACUUGACUGUUUGUUUUGGGUGUUAAAAAAGUGCAUUAUUCAUAUUUAGUUUGUGCAAGUUGCCUAAAAACGUAAAUGAAGGAAGACAAGAGAAUUUUUUUGUUUUCUUAAAUAGAUUAUUUAACUAAAACAGAAGGGGUUAUAGCCCUGGUUUAGUCCCCCUUUAGUCCUGGUUAUAACCAGGACUAAAGGAGGACUAAACCAGGGCUAAACCAGGGACA